AUGGGUGCAGGACCACUGGCAGGGCAGAUUUCAGCCACCUCCCUGGGCCCGGAGGACAUCUUGUCGCAGGUGGCACCGAUCCUCAUUGAUGCGGCACGUCAGGGCUUGAAGAAGGCGGUCAUCGAUGGCAAGACCUUUGCGCCCUUCGGCAUGCUGCCGCACGUGGUCGAACCCGUCAAGGUGCACAACUACGUGCCCAAAGCGAGCGGGACGCUUGGCGGAGAAUCGGGCCCCCAGUUGUGGGGCGGUGGAGAUGAGGCGGUCAGGAUGCGGAUCCCGGAGAAGGUCGACCUGCGGCAGUACAUGACCACAGUGGAAGACCAGUCUCAAACCAACAGCUGCUGUGCCAAUGCGGUAUGCGGCGCCUACGAGUACAUGGGCAAGCGCCAUGCCAUGCAGUUAGGCCAGUUUCUUCCGGAUCCGGCGGUGGUGGACGACAUCAGUCGGCUUUUCAUCUACUAUGUGGGUCGGAAGAAGGACCAGCCACUGGGCGACGACCGACCCGGUGAUUCGGACAGAGCUUCCGCGGUUCGCACAGACGCUUCGACCGGUGCGACAGCUUGGCAACUCUUCCGGGAGGAGCUCCGCCUUGGUGAGGGGGACACCUCGCACCUUGGUCGAGAGGAGCGGCGGGUGGCACCCAAGGAUGAAGGCAUGUCCCUGGGAGGUGCCAUCAGUGCAUUGGAGUUGAAGGGCGCUUGCUUGGAGAGGAACUGGCCCUUCAACAUCAGCCGUGUGAACGAGCGGCCCCCGGAGACCUGCUUUAACGAGGCGGUGAGGUAUAAGAUCGCGGAGUCCCGCAAGGUCGAAGUCCGCCUCGCCAGCAUGAGGCAAUGCCUGGCCGAAGGACACCCCAUCGUGUUUGGCUUAAAGCUCACGGCGCAGUUCUUCAAGCCAGCACCAGGCGGCGGCAUCACGACGCCCGACCCGAGCGAUCCGCAGUCGGCGGAGCACGGCCUGCACGCGAUGCUCAUCGUGGGCUACAACGAUCGACAGGAGGUCUUCAUCGUGCGGAACAGCUGGGGAACCAGCUGGGGUGAUAAGGGCUAUGGCUAUGUGCCUUACAACUACAUUUGCAAUGACGACUUCAACUUCCUGGGGCAGUAUGCCAUCAUCGGCCUCACAGAAUAUGACUUCUCACGGAACGUGGAUGAUGGAAGGGAUUACAACCUGCAACCCGUCGACGAGGUCGAGCCGCCUGAGAUUGAAAGCUACGAAGAAGAACAGGAGGAUGACGUCGACGACGACUUCGACGUGGAGGACGAGUUCGAUCCGCAGCAGGAAGCUAAACGUAUCUUCAACUUGUUCAACGUUGAUGCGGACGAGGGCUUGGACGGUACUGAGCUCGAGAACUGCUUCUUGUGGAACGGCGUGCCGAUGAAGUCUUUUCAGCAGAUCAAGGAUGAGUAUGGCUUGGACGAGGGAAAGAAGUUGAGCUUCGAUCAGUUCUGGGAAAUCUACACCUAUUAUCAGGCGCACAAGGCGCCCCGAAGCGGCUGCUUCUGCUGGGAUUAG